ACGAGCUAUCAGAAACAUAUGCAGCACCGAAGCUGCGCACGUUAGCGAAGAAAAACGAUCUCCGAAUACGUCGGAGGCAGCGCAGCGUCCAUGGCGGGCCCGAUGGUGACGGCGCCAGUGUCCUUUUGAGUCGACUCGAAGCACGAAGUAGCCAAUCCUUGCUCGACGCACCUGACUGAUCUGAGCACACCAGAGCAGACCGAACCCGACCGAACCAGACCGAAUCAGACUGGACGAGUUCAGAUCUGGGAAGCAGCCAUGGGUCCGAUAGUGACGGCGCCAGUGUCCUUUUGAGUCGCACCUGACCAAUCAGAGCACACCAGAGCAGACCGAACCAGACCGAACCGGACCGAACCAUGGCGGGUCCGAUGGGUCCGAUGGGUCAGAUGGGUCAGAUGGGUCAGAUGGGUCCGAUGGUGACGGCGCCGGUGUCGCCGGACGAGGUGCUGCAGAAGAUGAUGCACGACGGCGUGUUCGACUCGCUUAAAAACCGGAUCCUGCUCGACCUCAAGCAUAAUGAGGAGCUGCGGCAGUACACGGCAAAGCUGGUGCAGAGCAGCGAAACCCUGUCGGCACACGACGCUCGCACGCGCAACCGGCGGGAGCUGUUUGAAGCCCUGAGGAAGGAGCUGGAGGCCCCAGUGGUGGACAAAGCGUCUGGGUUCGCGUGGGAGCUCAUGCUCUCGCCUCUUGCAGGGGGCGUGGGUGAGGAGAUCCACACCCGAGUUGAAGAGACCUUCACUCGGCUCCACGCGGAGAAGGCAGCCAGUGACACGCUGACACGUGGCGGCAGCGUCGGCGCUGGCGGGAGUUUCGAGGAUGCGGUUGUGGCGGCAGGAGAGGCAACGGGGGAGGCAGCGGCAGCAGCGGCAAGGGUGGCUGCAGCGUCGGGGUUUGGGCCGAGGAAAGGGGGGGGUGUUGCUGCUGCUGGUGGGGGAGCGGGGGGAGGGGAAGGGAAAGGGGGAGGAAGAGGGGAAGGGGGAGCGGGGGGAGGGGAAGGGCAAUCGGAUGGAGUGAGGGAGGGAGGGGGAGUGAGAGGGGUGGCUGGGGGGUUGAGAAGAGAAAGUGAGGGGGAUUUGGGGGGCAAAGCUGGGGAGAGCGCAGAUGGAGCUGGGACAGGGGGCCUUGUGGCCUCAGAAACGGUCAAGGUAGGCGUGUUGGAUGAGGGGGCUUGUGGUGCUGAGCAGCCAACUCAGAAGCAGGCUGAGGGGCCGUAUGGUGGGCCUGUGCUUCCAGGGGUUCGGUGCAUGGCAGAUGUCACUGGGGCUGAUGCUGAUGCUGAUGCUGAUGCUGCAGAUGCUGCAGAUGCUGCUGAUGCUGCUGCUGCUGCUGCUGACACUGACGCUCAUGGUGCUGCCGCUGGUAAUGCUGCUGGUGCUGCAGCUGCUGCUGCUGGUGCUCGUGCUCGUGAUGGGGAUAGUUGUCGUCGUGAUGCUCGUAGUGACAAGGACAACAAGGGCGAUGGGGGUGAUGGUGGCCGGAACCCUGCUAAGGAGAGCCGUGGGUUUCGAAGGGACAGGAGGGACGACGCGGGGGACGGGAUGGAGGCGCGAGGGGCAGAGGGUAGGGGGGGCCAUAGAAAAGAUACUGAUGGAAGUCCUCCUAGGAGAGGGCACUUGAGAGCGGAUGACCCCCCAAGGAGGUCUAAGUUCUCUGACUAUGCUCACAGGUGGGGGGAUGGGGGGAGGGAAGGGGGGCGGGCGGGGGAAUGGGGAGUGGGGGGGGAGAGGGGAGGAGAGGGGGGGUUGGAGCGGCGCAGUAGCAGGGAUGGCCCGCCAGUAGUGCCUUCCUCUGCAGCAGCAGCAGCAGCAGCAGCAACAGCAGGAGCAGCCUUGGCUCCUGGUGCCAGCGCUUCCCGCUCUGGAGCCGGACUUGGGACAGGCCCGGGUGGUCCCGGGCCUGGAGGGUUCGGUCCAAACCUAGCGCCCUUUCAUAGUCCGGGAGGGGCGCAAGCAGCAGUGGCAGCAGCAGCAGCAGUUGCGGCGGCGGCGGCAGCAGCCGCAGGGGCAGCAGGAGGGCCAGGGGGGGGGUACGGUCCUGCUGCUGCUGCGGCUGCGGCGGCUGCAGCUGCAGCAGCUGCAGAGGCGUAUGGGUAUUCAGGAGGGAUAGGAGCACCUGGGGGAGGGUUUUCUGGGGGAGGUUUUAUGGGCAGGGGGAUGUCGAUGCAGCACCUGCAUUUUGGUAUGGGUCGAAACCCGCCCUCAUGGUUCGGGUCAGGUUCGGCGGCAUGGGCUGCACAGUUCCAGGCCUUGCAGAUGGGUCGAGGAGCAGGGGGCACGGGGUUUGGUUCGGGAGGGAUGGGAGGUAUGGCAGGAGGGCAGCAAGGCUCGGCAGGCUAUGGUUCGGCAGGGUAUGGCUCGGCAGGAGAAUGGGGAGGUCCAGGGGGGAAUCCUCACGGCCACGUGUCAUCCACCCUUCCUAGUCAGACAUCUGGCCACAUGACGUCACCUGGUGCCGCUGCUGAAUCAGCAACAGGGGUAGAAUCCAGGUACACGUCAGCACGAGGAGGCGAGAGGGGAACGAGCGGAUUGCAGGCUGUUUUGGGCGGCGGGGGCAGCAGUGGUGGAAGGGACGGGGAGGAUAGAGGGAAGAGCAGAAAGGAUGGGGCUGAUGCUUCUGCUCCUGCUGCUGCUGCUGCUGCUGCUGCUGCUGCUCCUGGUGCUGGUGCUCCCUCUGCUGGUGAUGGUGUUGGUGCAGCAGGUGCAUCGCCAGGUGGUGGUGAACAGGGAGAGCUACGCAAGUCCGUAAGCAGAGACAGCAUGGGCAAACCGGCGGUGAAGGCAACAGCAGCAGGUGGUGCAGCAGCAGGGGCAGCAGCAGUAGGGACAGCAGGAGCAGGGGCAGCAGGGGCAGCAGGGACAGAGCCAUGGGACGCCCAUCUCAAGGGCAUGGUGGCUCCCCGAUUCCAUCCUGGCUCAUCGCAUCGCGCUCCCCAUGCCCAUCCGCCGGGCCAUCCGCCGGGCCAUCCGCAUCCCCAUGGGCAUGGGCAUGGGCAUGGGCAGGGCAGUGUUGGGCCAGGUCCUCGAGCACGGGGGCACAGUGGUGGGCUGUCUAGCGCUGCUGCGACCCGUGCUCCUGCUGCUAAUGCUGCAAGUGGUUCUGGUGCUGCCGCUGGUGGUGGUGGUGCUGCUGCUGGUGCUGGUGCUGGUGCUGGUGGUGCUGCUGCUGGUGCUGCUGCUGCUGCAGCUGGUGCCAUUGCUGCUGGUGCUAGCACUGGGGGGUUUUCUAAGUCGCCUUUGGCUCAUCGGGCGUCCAUGCCAACGCCUUCGCGUCUGUCUAAGCAGAGGGAGUCUAGCAGAGAGCAGGAUAAAAGCCGGGAGCAGGGCGAGGGGCAGCUAAAGAGGAGAGCGUCCCUCGGCGGUGCUAUUGGCACUGGUGGUGGCGGUGGUGGGGUUGUUGGUGGUGGCAGUAGGGACAGAGAGGAGAGCGCGCAUGCGAGGAUGGAUGGCGGGUUGAAAGCAAAAGGAGAGAGAGGAGAGGGAGGUGCAGCAAGGAGGAAGGAGGUGAUUGUGCACAAGUCACAGGUGAAGGAGCAACAGCUGAAGGCUCCUGGGAAAGAGCAACAGGUGAAAGCACAGGGGAAAGAGCAGAAAGCGCAAUGGAAGGAGCAGAAGGAACCUGCCAAGCAGCAGCAACAGUCAGUAAAGACAAAGGAAGAGCCGAAGAAAUUGCAGCAGCAACAGUCAGUAAAGACGAAGGAAGAGCCGAAGAAAUUGCAGCAGGAACCGAAGGUAGAGCACAAGGUUGAAGGGAAGGGGGUGGAGAAGGAGGCAAAGGCGCUGCCAGCUGCAGCAGCAGCAGCAGCAGCAGCAGGGAAAGACGAGGCACCACAGCAAGCAUUGCAGCUGCUCAUAGGCAAACGGCCUAGCAAGUGAUUGCUUGGGAGGGGACUCAGUUAGGACUCGGGAAAUUGGCAGAAUGUCUUGACCUGCUGAUGGGUGCGGGUUUGGGGUUGGAAACAACAGGGAGGCUGUUUUCCCGUGGCGUCUGGCACACAUUUGGCAGCAGUUGUUGCUCACGUGCGAAAGCUGCAGUCCUGCAACCGCAGGAGGAUGUCAGUCAUGGUUGCAUUCAUUGAUACCUAUUUGGAUGACUUUAUGAAGCCUUUCCUUGUAC